UAACGGCAGUGCAGUGAUUUCACGGAGUGUUGAAAUGGGAGCUUGGCUUGUUGCCUCUAGAUCAGUCGUGAGCACCGUUGAAAGGCCCAUUGAUGAUGGAUCUGAUGGUCUUAACUGACUGGCUUCUCGUACUUCUCGUACUUCAAGGUUGAUUGAGGCCGUUAACCUGGCUCCUCCUUGAUCGCAUGAGAAAUCUGACCCAUCCGUGAAACCAUUGAUUGGCUUUUCAUUUUUUCAUUGCGUCCCCCGACUCUCAUGUUGAAACACAUGCUGACUCAGACUGGAAGCCACUCCUCAUCAGGGGACAGUUCAAGAACUCCAGCCACUGCCAACAUUGUUGGCAUCCCUGGACUCGAGGAGAUGGCCGGAUCCCCCAUGCUGGAAAGUCGAUCUCGUGGGGUUCGCGGGAUGACCACAUCCCGGACGAACUCGCCCAUCUCCAAUAAUCGACCCGUGUCCAUCCACGGGAAUGUGAUAGCCAACCAGAGCAUCUACGCCAACACAGUGCCCUUGAACAAGCUCCAUAACACGAGCUCCAGUGUGCCCAACGGGCGAAUCAGUUCCAUGAAUGGCAACCUGAACUUGUCCAAUCUGAAUAGCUCGAACAGUGCCAGUCCUGGGACGGCUAAUUCGAACAACACGCGAACCACCAACAUGGACUCGUCCAGUCAUUCGGCCCAUGACCUCAAUCUCACUCAGAUCUCGCCCAUUGCCCGAAGCAAUCUGGUGGGAUCAGCGCGGUUCCACAAAAACAAGAACAAUGCGAGUAUUUACAGUGCGGCUAACAUGAGUGGGUACAACCCGAACAGCACAUUGACGGCCAAUACCCAAGCCAAUGGGGGUUUGAACAUCACCAACGGAAUCAGCAAGAAACUGAACACGUCCCUGAUUCCCGCCAACGUGUCCAAAUUCAUGCUUAAGACCAAAGAAGCCGGUGUCCGAGAGAUGAUCACCUCUCUGGCCUUAUUGUGCCUCGUGUCGCUACUCUUGGCCUUGUUGUCCUUGGUGCUGUUAUUGAAGAUCUCGCCGGCCAGUCCGGAUCAAGUUGUGAAAAUGCGACAAUCCGUGCUGCUCUCGGAAGAUGACAUGCUUCUCAUGUAUCAAGUGACGUGGGCCUUGGUGGCCUUGACACUGUGUUUGAAUCUGUGUUGUCUUCUGGUUUGUGCCAUUCAAUUUCUCUUUGCUGUCAAACUGGUCAAAGCCACGCAUGGACCAUCCAGAACCACCAAAUACUUGAAAGAGGCGGCCAUCACUCGAAUUUGCGCAAUCAGUGGCUUCUUCAUCUCGAUUCCCGUCUUUCUCACGGGGAUCAUUCUGUAUACAUUCUUACACUUUGACUCGCCGGCUGCGAUCAUUACUUCGUUCGUGAUUGGUUUUGGGAUCGUCUUCUGUGGGGCCGCAGUGGUUCACAACGUGUUUGUUUGGCAAAAGGAGAAGAUGAGUUCAAGACACGGGGGUCAUUUGCCCAUGAUUCAAGUACCCAUGGAUGAUCUCGAUCGGACAACCAAGAGCAACAACCUCGGCCUACCGCAAGCCACUCUCGAUCUCAGUGCACCGAAUGCAUCCGCCAAAGGAUUGGAGUUGUCCACCCUAGUCUAAACAAAAGGACAACAAGGCUCUAUUUUUGGCAAAAGAAAAGACACAUCUGACCCAUCUUCCUACUCUGUUCGUCUUUCCGUUUGUCCGUUUAGCCCAACAAACAAACCAUUGCAAUCUACAAACUCAUCCUUAAUGGCCCCUAAAUGUUAUGAAUGAUUUCCUUUCCGUACCCAAUAUUCAGUUUUUUCAUGGUUUCCUAGUAUAUGAGAUACUACCAGUAAAGUUGAAAAGGUAUUUAUUUUUCGAAUUAUUCCAAAAUACACGCGCUAUAUCAAAA